AUGGCAGAUCCCAUCAACAACCCCACAACCGACGGCGACGACACCGAGAUCGUCGAGGAGGGUAAUCGCAGCAUCCUCCUCGACCUCAUCUCCCAGCUCACAAAAGGAAGCGACCUCCAUCGCGUCACUCUCCCCACCUUUGUCCUCGAAUCCAGGAGCAUGCUCGAACGCAUCACCGAUUUUAUGUCCCACCCAGAGAUCAUCGUCCAAGCUAAUCAUCUGGAGGACCCCGUUGCACGUUUUGUCGCAGUGACCCGCUAUUUCCUCUCUGGUUGGCACAUCAGGCCUAAGGGUGUUAAGAAGCCAUACAACCCCAUUCUUGGUGAGCACUUCCGGUCAAAGUGGACAUUUGCAGACGGCACAGAAGCCUUCUACGUCGCAGAACAGGUCUCGCAUCAUCCCCCAAUCUCGGCCUACUACUAUGCUAGUCCCGAGAACAACAUCAGCAUUCUGGGCGAUCUGUUGCCCAAAUCCAAGUUCCAAGGAAACAGUGCUGCGACAUUAAUGCAGGGCGAGAUCAACGUCUCGUUCACCAACCGACCUGGCGAGGAGUACUUUAUUACCAUGCCCAACGUCUAUGCCCGUGGUAUCUUGUUUGGAACAAUGCUCAUGGAGUUGGGAGACGUGGCUGCCGUCAAGUGCCCCAAGCUGGAUCUCGUCUGCACCCUGGAUUUCAAAGUCAAGGGUUACUUUACUGGCACUUACAACGGAAUUGCAGGAAAGAUCAAGCGCAUCUCGACAGGAGAGGUUCUUUAUGAGAUUUCGGGCAAAUGGUCGGAAGAAUUGUACAUUACCGAAAAGGGCGAGAAGCAGAUCUACUUUGAUGCCAAGACAGCCAAGAUCCACCCCAAGAUCAUUGCACCCGAGGACCAGCAGGAAGAAAACGAGUCGCGCCGUCUCUGGAGCAAGCUUACCACUGCCCUGAGGGUGAACAACCAGACUUUGGCAACAGAGGAGAAGAGCAAGGUCGAGGAUGCUCAGCGUGCAAGGUCCAAGGCCCGUGAGGAGAAGGGUGUCCCCCACAUCCCCAGAUUCUUUGAGCCCCAAGGCGAUGGUUUCGCUAUCAAGUUGAAAAACAUUUCUUCGGAUCCUCAGGUGGCCAAGAAGCAGAUCUCAGACUUUAUCUUUACCACACCUGCCCCCAGCUCAUAA